AAAAUUCAAACUUGAGAGCUACUCAAGCGACGACGCGUGGUUAAUACGGCAGUGGCAUAAAAUCGUAAUUAGUGGAGAGGAGAAAGGGCUAUUUGGGGAAGAACUAAGUCUGAAUAAAUCUACAGAUCCACCACUCAGGAGAGAGAGAGAGAGAGACUCAGUACCAAUUUCUCUGACGCGCUUCCUUCUCCAGUGUCUCAUCGUCACGUCCGGCGGAUUCCGAGAAGACGAAGAGCUAAAGGGUAACAAAGUCUCUUCCUUUGUAUUGCUUCUGCUAGAUUUUUUAGCUAUGGAGAGCUUCUGGCAACUGGGUGAUGAGCUACGAGGUCAGACUCAGUCAAGAGCAUCAGAGGAUCACAAAUGGUCCACUGUUGCAACCAAGCUCGCUGAGCAGACUCGGAUGAAAGGUGAACGGUUCAACAACCUCGAUCUCUCCAAAGCUGGUGGUUACUCCGACAAGUUUAGUUUCCAGGACAACAACAACAUGCUGAACUUGGGUGGUAAAUACGGCAAGGCUUCGAUGCAGAGCAAUGUUUACAACAUGAAAGUUAACAAGUACAAUGGUAAUGUUGUUGCUAACAAAGAGCUGAGCAACAACAGCAAUGAUAAUGCUGUUGACAAGAGGUUUAAGACUCUGCCUGCUUCGGAGACGCUUCCGAGGAAUGAAGUUCUUGGAGGGUACAUCUUUGUUUGCAACAACGAUACCAUGGAGGAGGAUUUGAAACGUCACCUGUUUGGUUUACCUCCAAGAUACAGGGACUCUGUGAGGGCAAUAACACCUGGGUUGCCUCUGUUUCUUUACAAUUACACCACUCACCAGCUCCACGGUAUCUUUGAGGCAACAACUUUUGGAGGUACUAAUAUUGAUGCCAUGGCUUGGGAAGACAAAAAGUGCAAAGGAGAAUCAAGGUUUCCGGCUCAGGUAAGGAUCAGAGUGAGGAAAAUCUGCAAAGCCUUGGAAGAGGAUUCCUUCAGGCCUGUUCUUCACCACUACGAUGGUCCUAAAUUCCGCCUUGAGCUCUCUGUUCCUGAGACAUUGGACCUGCUAGAUCUCUGCGAACAAGCUGGUUCUCCAUAAGGCCGAUCAACCUUGCAAUACCACGUUGGGAAGGAGCAUAUUGGUGUUUUGUCUGAAAUCUAUAUAUAUAUAUAUUACCGUAAGAGCGUAAGCUUGUGGGAUUUAGUUAAGAGUCGAAAGGGAGGAGUGUGUGCAGUCUUUAAGGCAAGCAAAAGGGUGAAGAGACUCUGCCGAAUAAGGGACUACUCUUGUUCUUGUUGCGUCUAAUGUGUGAGUUUGUUUGUCUGUGUGUUGUGUUGUGAGAGAUUUGAUAGCUCUUUUGAGUUAUAACAAAAGGUUUCUGUAGAAGAAUAUAUAUAGAGAGAAAGUGAGAGAGUAAACACAGAGCCAAACCAAUGGUAUGAGCUUCUGUUUGUGUUUGCUUGUGUAAGGGAGAACCUAAAUGGGAAGUUAUAACUUUUAAACUUCCGAGUCCA